GUUGCGUCUCCUUCACGUAGCGUUUCGUAGCCGUUUUGACGGAAUGUGGAAAGUAGCAAUGUCGGAGGAGGUUGGGAAGGCGGUCCAGUCGGUGCUGGAGCGGGUGAAGCAGGCGGCGGCGCGGCGGGCCAAGACGCUCCCGGCUGUGCCGCCCCGCCUUGUAGCUGUCAGCAAGACCAAACCCCCAGAGAUGAUUGUGGAGGCCUACAGGCAAGGACAGCGCAACUUCGGCGAGAACUAUGUUAAUGAGCUCGUGGACAAAGCGUCAGAUCCACUGAUUUUAGAGUCAUGCCCAGAAAUCAAGUGGCAUUUCAUCGGCCACCUACAGAAGAACAACGUCAACAAGUUGCUGGGCGUCCCUAACCUUUUCCUCGUGGAGACCAUCGACUCCGCAAAGCUGGCCGACAAGGUCAACAGCUCGUGGCAGCGUCUCCGAGGAGCGGGCAGCCAGAGGUUAAAGGUCAUGGUGCAGGUCAACACCAGUGGCGAGCAGAGCAAACACGGCCUGCCGCCGGAGGACACGGUCAACACGGUUAAACACAUUGUGUCGCAGUGCUCUGCCCUGCAUUUCUCAGGACUCAUGACCAUCGGUCGCUACGGCUACGACCUCACACUGGGGCCCAACCCUGACUUUCAGAUGCUGUUGAGUCGGCGGCAGGAGGUGUGUGAGGGCUUGAAGCUGCCCAUGGAGGAGGUGGAGCUCAGCAUGGGCAUGUCCACUGAUUUUGAACAUGCGAUCGAAGUGGGCGCCACCAACGUGCGAGUCGGCAGCAUCAUCUUCGGCAACAGGGAGUACCCCAACAGCGCGCUAAACACUCCAAAUCCCAGUCCCCUUCCCAGUCCGGCUCCCAGCCCCGAGAAAACAGCCAAGACGGUGUCAGAAGAAGCUGCUAAGAAGAUGCACCAUCUCACCGUAUCUGAACACUAAAAUGAGAUUAUUAAAAUACCUCCAGGACAAUGAGGGGGUGGCGGCGGGGGGGACUAACAUACAUUUGGAGUUAGGACUGCAGCCUUCUUACAUCGUUAUAUUAAAAAAAAGUAGUCACAAAUUAAUAAACUUUCUUUCCCCUUUUAGAUUUUUCUAAUCAUUAAAUUGACAUUCAGUUAAGAACUAAAUGAGAUAAGAUGUCUUUUCCAUCUCUACCAGUUGUGUCUAACAGCUGUUGCUCUCACUUCCAACGUGUGGAAAAACAGUGACCACCAGUGGAUUCAAGCCAAUGAAAAACAGGAACUCAGAUGUAGUAAGACUGUUUGCGGUGGUGGCUUAGGUGUUAGCAGUCAGUAUCUACCAUGAAGUUGACAGCAGUCCUGUAACAAUAAGUAGGCUCAAGUUUUCCACAACUCUCAAAUCAGAGAUUUUUUCAGCUGUUUGAUUAAAUUGCUGCUUAAACAUCUUUUUUGCACCUCAUAUUUAAUGAGACCGUCGCACAAUUGGGUCACUAUUUAUUCCGAUAUGUAGCAUGAACAUCCAUAAUGGAGCUGUAACAUAUGCACCAGGAGUUGUUGUGGCGCUUUAAAAAGCAUAUUAUUCAUUCCAGAAUAAGGCCUGUGGUCUUUUCUUUCUAAAUCUUACACUUUCAUUGUCCAAGCUAUCAAACAUGAUUCGUUUUUGCUUGUUUUACUGACAAAAAGUAACUGUUGCACAAUUGUGACUCUUCAUGGUUGUUAUUCUUGACUCCCAAGUGAGAAUUUCUCUUGGACUCCCCGAAUGGCAUGAUUAUUAGAUCUACCACUGAUCGGAUACUGACUGCUCACAGCUAGUCCACAAAACCUCACAUCUAGUACAGUUGUUUGUUUUUAGUAAAAUAUCUUAACUGGUGUAAACACACUUCACACAUAUGGAAGCCUUUUAGUUUCCAUUACUUUGAUACAGUUUAUUAAAAAGAGACUAGCUUCAUGAAAUCAGUUUCCCUUGUUCUCUUGUUAAUUGUUGAGUUGGUUCAUUGUUUUCUAUUUUUCCAACUGAACAACGCGAGGUCAAACGUUCCACUCGCUCCAAUGAACCACUUUCCUUGUAAAACAAAGAUUUGAUUUAAUAAAUUGUUUAUCCCUUUAUAACAAUUACCGUGCAUUUGAUAUGGUUUCGUAUGAUGUGCCAAACGUCUCAGAUUUUAUUCUUGAUAUUGACAAAUCCGAGGGGAGGUUUUGUUUCCGUUCUGUGGGUGUGUGUGUGUGUGUGUGUGCUUUUGUCUGUACAGUGGUGUGUUAUUCCAGAUGAGAGAAAGUGAAUCUAUGCAAAUGUUUGGUUUUCAAAGCUGCCAGCUGUGACGUCCAGCGGUUUCCUCUGAGGAACGCAGUGUUUUCCUGUUCUCAUAUAAAAGUGUCAGUGGAAUAAAAAAAUAAUAACUCUAAGAUAGGAGGUAAACUUGUGAUUAGACGUGUCCUUACUGUCAAUAAGGCAUUUCGGCAUCGUUUGGUUUGGUUUUUCAGGAGAGGCCAAAGCCAAGCAAUAAAUUUUACUGUUGAAAAUA